UGUCAACGGGUCUGACAGCGUUUCCAACGUAGCUAUUAAGCAAAGGGCAUGCUCUUUACCUCUCCAAUACAUUUCCUAGCGUUUUGGCCGCCGAUCUCUGCACAGAUCGCCAUGGGUCGAAGUAAGUUUCAUGUAGAAUUGUCUAUCUGUAUUCAUUUCGUUUCUGAAAUUUUAUAGACAAAAAUAAGAAAUUAUGCUUCUGCUUUAUCGUCCACAAUGUCAGAUCCAUCUUUGCGGACGAAUUUUGCUUUCUUUCAAACUGAUUUCUAUUGUUUGUGUGUGAAUUAUUGUAUGGUGGUUUAUUCUUCCAGCUUAUAUGAUUUAUGUCCUGCUAUUUCAUUCAUUAU